CUAAGGCGUUGUAAGGACUGGACGCAUUCGUAGGCCUAGGUUAUAUUACUGCCAACGUAAAAUACAGAUGGUUCAUACGCGCUCGAGUGUUCACACUUCCGCCAUUCUAGUAGGGACUGGUAGGCCUACAUGUAGUUCUAUUUAUGCAGAUGUACAUGCAUACGCCGGGUACACAUGUACCGGUAUUUACUUAAGGGUAUUUAGAUGAUAAGGGCCUAGACUGAAAGCUCCGGAGGACAGAGAUGAGACUGGUUGCCCGCGUUGAUCAGUAAACAUGGACCAAACAAACUGGGAAUAUGACUUCAGCAACAAAUCACGUGGUGUAGCAAUUAUCAUCAAUAAUGAGACUUUUGAAAAUGAUGCAGAAAAAAAUAGAGAUGGAUCCAGAAGAGAUGAAAAGUCGCUAUACCAGGCAUUUAAAACAUUGGGCUUCAAAGACAUUAGAGUCCUUCGAAAUUUGACUGCAUCUGCUAUGUAUCACACUUUGUUCAAAGCAUCCAGGGAGAAUCACUUAGACUCAGAUUGCUUUGCUUGUGCCAUAUUCAGUCAUGGGGGUGAGCUACAGGGUCCCCCUAUUGUGGAUGCCAGUGGUGAUAGCAUUGUUUCAAUGCAUGGAAUGGUGUAUGGAACAGACAAUAGGCCCAUCCAUAUCAAGCUGCUUUUGGAACUUUUUAGAGACAACAAGUGCCCCACCUUGAGGGGAAAACCAAAAAUAUUUCUCUUGCAGGCUUGCCGUGGUUAUAAACUAGAUGAUGGAGUUGAGAUUGAAGAGAUUUGUGACCAGGAUUAUGAUGUGUGUGAUGCACCAGCUGGUACCAUUGAUGUUCCUGAUGAUGCUGACAUGAGCAAUCCUGCAAUACAGAGAGACAUACCUAUCUUUAAUAAUUUCAUAACUGUAUAUGGAACUCCUCCAGGGUUUUUUGCUUUUAGAAAGAAGAAAGGCUCUUGGUUUAUUCAAAGUUUAUGCAGCGUGAUAGAGAAGUAUGGCUCCACAAUGGGAUUCCAGCACAUGCUUACACGUACUGCCCAUGUCAUGGCUACAGAAUAUGAAUCUUACAAUCCGAAUAAAGAACAUUUGAGCGGAAAGAAGUCAGUGUGCAGUGUUGUCUCAAAAUUACAUAAAGAAGUAUACUUUCGACCGAAGACAAUUUGGCAUUAAUUUAACAGUUUGCAGCAAGGCAAACUAGUGGUAAAUGUACCACUUGACCCUCUCUUGGAUUUGGUGGUUAUCAUUUAUAUACCAAAAAAAAAAAAAAAA